AUGUUAUCAUUAUUUGGCUUAAGCUAAUAGUUUAUAACUUACUGCCGCUCCUUGAGCCCCUCUCUACCUGAAUGGAGUGUGUGGGCGCAUGAGUUUUCCUUUUCUCUUAGUUAUGAAACAGUAUAUGAGUGUGGAAAUGGAACUAUGCUUUCUCUCUUAAUUUCUCUCCGCCUAAACACAUCCAGUUAACAGGCUCAUUUUAAAUCUUGCUACUGGGAUGACAGUCCUUUUAUGGAAUUAUGUAUCAACAUUUUCAAUUUUGUCUGGCGGGAAGCUUCGUCAGAUUUAUUCUAAACUUAAACAGGUGCAACAUGUAGAAGGAAAGGUAGGACCAUCGCAAUUUAAUGGUUCUGCAUUCGGCAAUCCAACGACAGGGUUUAUACCCCGAGGUUUCGAUGCUGCCAAAUUUGAAGCAUGGAAACGAAGGAAAAGAGCUGAAGCUGAUGUUCAUUCCCAAGUUCAGCCCCUACAUCAAAGAACUUUGACUAAUGGUGCAUGCCUUCCUGAAUCGAACUUAUCGUCAGGGAUUCUUGGCGCAGCUCCUUUAGAUAACCAACAGUCGGGUAAUGGUAGGGCUUACAGAACACAUCAGUCUGGCCAGAUAGAUCUCCUACCAGACAUAAACUACCAUGGUGGUACUCCUGCAUGCAAGCCAUUCUCCCAAGUGUUCGAAUUUCAAUUGAUGUAUUUACAUUUUGCAGCUUUAUGGAAAUUGGAAAGGUACACUUUCAGUUUGUAGCGACAUCUUGAGAGUUGUGGUAAAUGUAUUUGGCUUCUUGCACUAGCUCUCAUGGUAGUAAUGGUUUCUACAUUCCUUUGAAAGAACAAAUUGUG